AUACAAUUGAUCAUUGUUAACACACAUCUGUUACUGCAAUGACGAUGUUUCUAAUAUCUAUUUUGGCUUCUUUGCCAAUACUGUUUUAUUUUUUCAUAAAUUGGCGGUUAUCGUACUGGAAAAGAAAAGGAGUACCACAAAUCGAGCCCGAAUUUCUAGAGGGAAACACAAAAGAGAUCAACCGGAUGGAAGUCCACCCUAGUGUCGUUUUUCAGAAAUUUCACGAAUAUUUUAAAAACAACGGACAUAAAUUCGGAGGGGUUUACAAAAUACUGACCCCUGUUUUGUUAAUUACGGAUCUGGAAUUGAUCAAAUCAGUGUUAGUGUCUGAUUUUGCACACUUUGUUAAUCAUGAUAUUUUCAUCAACGAAAAAGGUGAUCCUUUGUCUGGAAAUCUCUUCAAUUUGAGGGACGAUAAAUGGAGGAAUAUGAGAGCUAAACUUACCCCAACGUUUACAACAGGUAAACUGAAAAUGAUGUUCCAAACCAUGUUGGAUGCAUCAUCCGGUUUGGAGAAGAUGUUAGAUCAAAACCGCACAUCUAAAGAACCGGUCGACAUUAAAGACUGCUUAAUGCGCUUUACCCUAGAUAUAAUUACUUCUGUAGCAUUUGGAAUAGAAUCUAAUAGUAUGGACAAUCCCGACUCCGAAUUCAAAGCUAUUGCUAGUAAAUUAUUAGGUGCUCCUGCACACGCAACACAAAGCCGUACCAUACUUUCGGAAAUUAAAAGAAAACUGAAGCUUACAGUAGAUCUGGUGCCUGAAUGGGUGUGGAUCAAGCUCAACACUAGAUUGAUGCCUCAAUUUCUGGAGGAUUUUUUCAUAAAAGUUGUAAGUGAUCUGGUAACUUACAGAGAAAAAAAUAACAUAUAUCGAAAAGAUUUCAUGCACCUUCUAAUUCAGUUGAAAAAUAUAGGAAAGGUAACCGAUGAUGGAACAAUCAAAAAAGAUUCCAGUAAAGAUUUUCAUCUCACCAUGAAAGAAAUUACUGCUCAUAGUUUUGUUUUCUUUAUUGCCGGCUUUGAAACUUCAUCUACAGCAAUGACAUACGCUUUGUUCCAUUUGGCUCAAAAUCAAGACAUCCAGGACAAGGCUCGGGAUGAAAUCAAUGCAGUUUUGGAGAAACACAAUGGCGUUGUAAGUUAUGAUGCGAUUAUGGAAAUGCAGUAUUUGGAACAAAUUAUACUUGAAUCUCUUAGAAUGCAUCCCCCAGUAUCACAAAUCGAACGUUUGUGUACUAAGGACUAUGUAAUACCCGACACUGAUAUUUUAAUAGAAAAAGGAACAAUACUUAAUAUAUCAACGCGUGGAAUUCACUACGAUCCUGAUAUCUACUCCCACCCGAAUGUGUUCGACCCUGAUCGAUUUAGUCCAGAAAAUAAGAGUUCGAUUUCUCCGAUGGCCUUUUUGGCAUUUGGUGAAGGACCUAGGCUAUGUAUAGGGUUAAGAUUCGGAAAGCUGCAAGCCAAAGUAGGAUUAUCUUCCAUAUUAAGGAAAUAUAGAGUAACUUUGAAUGAAAAGACACAGUUACCGUUGAAAUAUAGCGCAGUAAAACAUUUUCCCAAUGUCGAAGGUGAUGUAUGGGUAAACCUUGAAUCCCUGGAAUAAAAUCUAACCAUUCAGCAACAUAAACAAAGUAUUGUUAUCAGAUUAGUAUUAAUAUCAGUGAAUAAUAGUAAAAUAGGUUUUUAAUAAAUAAUAUAUUUUUUUAC